AUGCUACGCAGCUAUCAGGACGAUUCGGCUGCUGACGGGGAGAACGUGUCUGGCAUUCACCAACCAGCUAUCCCUGCCAACGCACUCAAGCGAACAAGCUGGUCACCAGGUGCGUCGUCGAUCACAUAUUCUCUCGACGAGAACUGUGACUUGCAACGGCCUCACCAACAGCCUUCUCCCUCAUCAGGAAAUGUCGCUCAACGAUGUCCAAAUUCUUCAACAUCCUGUGAGGGCUCUCAGACCGCCGAUCCACCUCAGCCCCAAGCCAUCCUCGAUAUGGACGUCAUCCAAGCGCAAGCGGAGAUGCUCGAAAUGCAGACACGUAGAGAACUGAGGGAGAUGCAACGGCUAGCAGAGCAACACUGCGAAGAGAUGCUAGACUCGAAAGGUUACCGUGUCACGCAUGCUUGCGAACACUGUCGGCAAAGAAAAGCAAAGUGCUCGGGACAACAACCUUGCUCAAGAUGUGCAAAGCAAGGUAUCCUCUGUAUCUUUUCAAAGCACGACCAAAAAGGCAAGGCGGUGAGGCGCUGGUUCGACGUUUCUUCGCAGUCUUUUGCACGAAUUCCGAUGCUGGCUUUACCGGCAUCCGCCUCCACGGCGAACCUGGGACCUAUCCGGGCCACAGGCAAGACCAGAGAGAAGAGGUAUGCAAACACCUCCACGCCUUACGGGCUGAGGAGGAACACUCUACCGUGCAGCAGUCCGUCAGAAUUUGUGUCUCAUUUGAGGCAAGAAUCUGCUGCUGCAGGUUCAUCGACGCAACCGGUUGAAUCUCAGCCAUCGCCAUGCCCGACAAUGCGAGAGUUGAGAAGUGCAGCGUCCUUUCCACCUUUGCAGGCGGGUAUGAGCUCGCUUACUCCUCAGCUUUUCACGCCCAUGAUGCGGUCGAGUACUGAAUACACUAAAGACCAACGCAGGAGUUCAGCUGCCACUGAUGGGUCCGAAAGCUUCGAUCCGAUGGACACACCGCCUGUCCAGACGCGCUUCACUCAGCCACAUCGACCUUGGACAGCCGAAUCUUCGCUAAGUCAAUCCAGCACAGAUGCUGCAAACAGUACUACGCGCUUCCAAAUCCCGCUUCCAGCGCGAUCCACUCAAGAAUCGCUCGACUGGAACAACUCCUCCCAUGUAUCAGCGCCUGCAACCACUUUUGACAAUCAUUGGACAGGACAGAUACCUCUGCUACCUGUCGCAUCUUCUUCCGCCGGCCCAUCACGACAGACAUUCCAAGCAGCGCCAUACCGGCCCCCCUUCGUAGACCAGCACGUGAUGCAAACAGGCAGCACAUUUCCAGACGAGCAAAGGUAUCGAAGUUGGUCAAUCGAUGGAAACUCGUCUCAAGAUAUGUCAGACAGACAGCUCAGUGAAGCACGACAGGAGAUGGAUGACGCUUCGAUGCCAUUGAGAACGAAUUCACGAGCAUUCUCCAGCGAUACAUCUACGAGAGACCAGUCCAAGCUUGAUUGA